CGGUCCCCCGGAACGGGUCCGAGGCUCUCGCAGGCAGGGCUGCGCCGGGCGGGGGCUGCGGGGCCGGCACAAGGGAGGCGGCCCCGGGGACCGGACCGGACAGGGCGGGGGCGGGGACGCCGCCGUCUGCGCGGUUCCGGGUGCUCCCGGCGCGGCGCUGCCCAGGGCACACUUGACCGGGGUCGGGCUGCAGGGAAGGGCGGGUCUGGGGAGAACCCCGAGAGCCGCGGCGUCCUCCAACUCCUCCUCCUCCUUCUCCUCGCGGCCGCCGAAGCCACAGCCCGAGCCCGAGCCCGAGCCCGAGCCCAAGCCGGCGCCCCGGCGCCCCCGGCCAUGGCUUUUGCCAAUUUCCGCCGCAUCCUGCGCCUGUCUACCUUCGAGAAGAGAAAGUCCCGCGAAUAUGAGCACGUCCGCCGCGACCUGGACCCCAACGAGGUGUGGGAGAUUGUGGGCGAGCUGGGCGACGGCGCCUUCGGCAAGGUUUACAAGGCCAAGAAUAAGGAGACGGGUACUUUGGCUGCAGCCAAAGUCAUUGAAACCAAGAGUGAAGAGGAGCUGGAGGACUACAUUGUGGAGAUUGAGAUCCUGGCCACCUGUGACCACCCCUACAUCGUGAAGCUCCUGGGAGCCUACUAUCACGACGGGAAGCUGUGGAGAGAGCAUGGGUCUUCUGGACUGCCCCACUCUCCGGGGCCUCUGCUGAGCUGGGUUGAAGGAACUUCACAACAAGCAGGGGCCAGGAGCUGGAAGCUCAGAGUUUCUCCAUCUGAGCUGAUCUUCGAGGCCCCGGUGUUCUGCGCCAGCAAGGUCCAGGGCUCUGGAAGAUGGAGGGAGCCUGAGACAGGCGCUGGGAUUCUGAGAGGACGUGGCCAGCUUGGCCGGGGGGAAGGCGUCCUGAGGUUCUUGGCUGUGGAGCACAGGAAACAGGGCAGCUGGCAGAUCAUGAUUGAGUUCUGUCCAGGGGGAGCCGUGGACGCCAUCAUGCUGGAGCUGGACAGAGGCCUCACAGAGCCCCAGAUACAGGUGGUUUGCCGCCAGAUGCUAGAAGCCCUCAACUUCCUGCACAGCAAGAGGAUCAUCCACCGAGAUCUGAAAGCUGGCAACGUGCUGAUGACCCUUGAGGGAGACAUCAGGCUGGCUGACUUCGGUGUGUCUGCCAAGAAUCUGAAGACUCUACAGAAACGAGAUUCCUUCAUCGGCACUCCUUACUGGAUGGCCCCCGAGGUGGUCAUGUGUGAGACCAUGAAGGACACGCCGUACGACUACAAAGCCGACAUCUGGUCCCUGGGCAUCACGCUGAUCGAGAUGGCCCAGAUCGAGCCGCCACACCACGAGCUCAACCCCAUGCGGGUCCUGCUAAAGAUCGCCAAGUCGGACCCUCCCACGCUGCUCACGCCCUCUAAGUGGUCUGUAGAGUUCCGUGACUUCCUGAAGAUAGCGCUGGAUAAGAACCCAGAAACGCGGCCCAGCGCGGCGCAGCUGCUGGAGCAUCCCUUUGUCAGCAGCAUCACCAGUAACAAGGCUCUGCGGGAGCUGGUGGCCGAGGCCAAGGCCGAGGUGAUGGAAGAGAUUGAAGACGGCCGGGAUGAGGGGGAAGAGGAGGACCCCGUGGAUGCCACCUCCACUCUGGAGAACCAUACUCAGAGCUCCUCUGAGGUGAGUCCGCCAAGCCUCAAUGCUGACAAGCCUCUCACGGAGCCAUCUUCCACCCCGCUGGCGCCCAGCCAGUCUCAGGACAGUGUGAAUGAGCUCUGCAGUCAGCCCUCUGGGGACGAAUCCCCCCAAACCACCAGCGCCCCAGUCGUGGCCCCUGGAAAUGAGAACGGCCUAGCAGUGCCUGUGCCCCUGCGGAAGUCCCGACCUGUGUCCAUGGAUGCCAGAAUUCAGGUAGCCCAGGAGAAGCAAGUUGCUGAGCAGGGUGGGGACCUCAGCCCAGCAGCCAACAGAUCUCAAAAGACCAGCCAGAGCCGGCCCAACAGCAGCGCCCUGGAGACCUUGGGUGGGGAGAAGCUGGCCAAUGGCAGCCUGGAGCCCCCUGCCCAGGCAGCUCCAGGCCCUUCCAAGAGGGACUCGGACUGCAGCAGCCUCUGCACCUCUGAGAGCAUGGACUACGGUACCAAUCUCUCCGCCGAUCUGUCGCUGAACAAAGAGAUGGGCUCUCUGUCCAUCAAGGACCCAAAGCUGCACAAAAAAACCCUCAAGCGGACACGCAAAUUUGUGGUGGAUGGUGUGGAGGUGAGCAUCACCACCUCCAAGAUCAUCAGCGAAGAUGAGAAGAAGGAUGAGGAGAUGAGAUUUCUCAGGCGCCAGGAACUCCGAGAGCUUCGGCUGCUCCAGAAGGAAGAGCAUCGGAACCAGACCCAGCUGAGUAACAAGCACGAGCUGCAGCUGGAGCAAAUGCACAAACGUUUUGAACAGGAAAUCAACGCCAAGAAGAAGUUCUUUGACGUGGAAUUAGAGAACCUGGAGCGUCAGCAGAAGCAGCAAGUGGAGAAGAUGGAGCAAGACCAUGCCGUACGCCGCCGGGAAGAGGCCAAGCGGAUCCGCCUGGAGCAGGAUCGGGACUAUGCCAGGUUCCAAGAGCAGCUCAAACUGAUGAAGAAAGAGGUGAAGAACGAGGUGGAGAAGCUCCCCCGACAGCAGCGGAAGGAGAGCAUGAAGCAAAAGAUGGAGGAGCAUACGCAGAAAAAGCAGCUUCUUGACCGGGACUUUGUAGCCAAGCAGAAGGAGGACCUGGAGCUGGCCAUGAAGAGGCUCACCACCGACAACAGGCGGGAGAUCUGUGGCAAGGAGCGCGAGUGCCUCAUGAAGAAGCAGGAGCUGCUUCGAGACCGGGAAGCGGCCCUGUGGGAGAUGGAGGAGCACCAGCUGCAGGAGAGGCACCAGCUGGUGAAGCAGCAGCUCAAAGACCAGUACUUCCUCCAGCGGCACGAGCUGCUGCGCAAGCAUGAGAAGGAGCGGGAGCAGAUGCAGCGCUACAACCAGCGCAUGAUAGAGCAGCUGAAGGUGCGGCAGCAGCAGGAAAAGGCGCGGCUGCCCAAGAUCCAGAGGAGUGAGGGCAAGACGCGCAUGGCCAUGUACAAGAAGAGCCUCCACAUCAAUGGCGGGGGCAGCGCAGCCGAGCAGCGCGAGAAGAUCAAGCAGUUCUCCCAGCAGGAGGAGAAGAGGCAGAAGUCGGAGCGGCUGCAGCAGCAGCAGAAACACGAGAACCAGAUGCGGGACAUGCUGGCGCAGUGCGAGAGCAACAUGAGCGAGCUGCAGCAGCUGCAGAAUGAAAAGUGCCACCUCCUGGUAGAGCACGAGACCCAGAAGCUGAAGGCGCUGGAUGAGAGCCAUAAUCAGAACCUGAAGGAAUGGCGGGACAAGCUUCGGCCGCGCAAGAAGGCUCUGGAAGAGGAUCUGAACCAAAAAAAGCGGGAGCAGGAGAUGUUCUUCAAAAAAAGCGAGGAGGCAGAGUGCCCAAAAAAAAAAACCCCAAGCAAGGCCGCCAAGUAA